CCUUGGGUCCUUGGCAACGUUGAAGACGUGAAAAUGUGUUUGUUUUGAACCCGUGGCCACUCGCUGUAGACUCAAUUAACCUCAAUUUGUAAGAUUUUUGUUUGUUUGUUUGUGUGUUACAUUAGUACCAUGAUGCCAGGGGACAACCAGACCAAAACUGUAGCAAUAGCCUCGGACGCGAAGCCAGCGAAUUGUCAGAAUUGCUCCCUUUUGCACCAGAGCUUAACGGAAUACGUGUCAUCAUUUUUGUCACUGAAACAGAAGAUUAUGGUUUCGGCUGACAUGAUCACUCUACAACAACAGCACGAAGAGCUACAGAGCCAAUUGGUUACUUUGGAGAAAAAAACUGCGGAUUACGAAUCUGUGCAAGCAGAGUUGGAAGAACAAAAGAAGAUUCUUCAGGACUGUGGUCAGAUGUCUGAAGAGGUUGACAAGUUAAAGCAAGAAAACAGUAUUACAUUGGCUCAGAAUGGGAAGCUUGAAAACCAACUGAAGGCCAUUAAAGAACUCACAGAAACUCAGUCGCUUGAGAAUGCACAACUGAAGCGGGAAAAGGCCAUGUUAGAAAUUGAUUUGCUGAAUGUCCAAACAUCUUUGAAGAAAACAGAAGAAAAUGCAGAUAAAGUUGAACAAUUAUUACAGAAUCAAGACAGGAUAACAAGCAUAAAAGAGAAACUUGCAAAAAGCGUUGCACUGCUUGAAGAAUCAGUUUCCCAAAGGAAUAAUCAGAUAUCAUUACUGAAUAAGGAGAAGGUCCAGCUGGAGAGGGACAUUUUUGACCUUCAGGGACGGCUUAUAAAACUGGAGCGAGAAAAAAACAAAGAAUACAGAAGUACAUCAACUCAGGCAAGACCAGCUCCAGAACAUAAAGUUGACAAAGAAAAGGUUCGAAUACUUCUAGAGCAUCUAUGGGCUUGUGUGGAACCGCAACAUCACCAAUCAGCCAACUUGUUGCAUUUCCAUGAGCCCACCUCUCAGCAGAGCAACUGUAUUCAUCAGAGCGAUCAAUCCCAGACUGCUUUCCACAAUACUAGUGAAAUCCGAAGAUCCUCCACUGAGACCAAAUCCUUUGGGACACAUUCAAAAACAUCUCCACAUGUACAAAAAACCAAGAAACAAGCACCUCCGCUAACAAAGAGCACAAAGUCAGAGCAAGAAUCCGUUCCAACAAACAACAAUCACCUGUCCAAACAAGUCAGACUGAGUGAGGCUUGUGAAACGCCCAGCGCAGAAGAGUUAUUGGAAUGGUUCAAGCCUCUGCCUCCCUGCUUAUCCCCACUGCCUGAUAACGGAACACAGUUUAUGAAGAAAGGGGAAAGAGAAACAGAACAUGCCACACCCAGUCAGUGUCUUAAAGAAAAGGAGUUCCAGCACGUUCUAGCAAAGUCAUGCCUUUCUCCAAAACGGCAUUCAAUAACAACCGGGGAAAGUGUAGGUUUGUGUAAUGGAACAACACACGAAAUGGAAUGCACCUCCAACAUAUGUGAAUCAAGUGUCACAACAGAGCUAAAGGAUGAAAGACCCAGCACAAAUGAUGAGGAAAUGCAAAUUGAGGAUGCUUCUGUCAAGCAGUUAGUAUUGUUUACUACGUCAGAUAAAGUCGUUUCAGUUGAGAAUCCUCCAGCAAGUACUAUUAAUAAUGAGCUGUGCUGUGCAGAUCCUCACACUAGUUGUGCUGCCUGUAACGUACACAAAACGGAUCACUGUAACACUACAGAAUCACAGGAACAAACUGAAGGGCAGCCAAUCAAAGAUGAGUCUGCUAUUACAGAGAAAUUUGUCAACAGGGUCUCUGUUGGCAAAAUCCACACCACCGUUUGUGUGGAAUCCCACAAUGUCAACACGGAAUUCAACAUGGAAGUAUUAGAUCUGCAGCCAAUUACUUUCCUGACUUGCAUCAACUCUGUACAGGGCAAAGAUGAUGUCAAUAAGGAACACGUGUCUGAAAAGGAAAACAUUCAAGACACAAGUCACUUGCUGCAUGAAACUCAAAAUGUUCGAGACAUAAAUCCCCAAAACAAUGCAGAGCAUCACGGAGAGGACUCGGAAAUCCAAGACGGUGACCCAUGUAUAUCACGCUGUGACAUGAAUUGUAGCAUCACCAAUGCAGAAAGCGAAGACCUGGUAGAAAAUGAUGGAUUCUGUCCUGCAGACAAACAAGUGCAGGAAGCUCAGCAAACUGUAAGAGCUGUUGGAACACCUACUCUGUCAGGUCCAAGGAGCAACACACCGCCCAUGUCAACGAUUAAUACUGCAGAUGAAUCCAUUGCCAACCAAAUACUUUGUGUAACAAUUGCUCCACUGACUGAUCUUCGGGAUGACGAAAGAGAACAACCUCCUUCAGGCACAACUAUUAACCUUGAAAGUAAACCUUUGAAGGAAAAUGUGCAUUUGUUGUGCCAUCAUUUGAGUCGGUCUCAUUUCUCACCCAAUGUAAAAACAAAUGAGUGUGAAAACCACGCAAAACGAGUGGAAGGGACUGUUGUCAAAGGGUUGCCUCAUAACGAACCUUGUGAUGGUCAAACAGUCACCGCUAUUGAACAUACUGUUCUAAAUGAGAAUGGACAAAGUCAAUCAGGGACCUCUGCUGAAAUGCCUGACAGAGAGAAGCUCGAUAUGAUCAUAUCUAGUACAUCCGCAGCUGCUCCGGUGGUGAGUGCAACUGCAGAACCCAGUCGGCGGGAGUCCAUCUGCGAAGUUCGCUCUGAAAUGGGUCCACCCCUCCCUCCUGUCCUCACUCCUCUGAAGACACCUCCAAAGGCAGGCAGACCAAUCAAUCCAAGGCAUGCCAUUGGAAAGCUUUCCUUUCCCUCUCCAAUGGAUAGAUUGGCCUCACCUUCCGGUCAGGUCCAGCCCCCUGUGACUCCCAACUGUCAGGGAGUGUGUUCAUCUUCAACUCUUAGCAAUACCUUUCCUCCAAACGGAGUCCCCUUGUCACCUCUUCAGUUUGGCUCUGCUACCCCAAAACAUGCGGUGCCCGUCCCAGGUCGCCUGCCUGAUGCGCUAAAUUCCUCUUCGCCCACAGCCCCUUGUCCACCGCAAGAGAAUUCUAUGAGGAUUCUGGACAGCAUGUACCCAGAACUGUCGGCACGCGCCCGCACAUUGAGCAUUCUCAGAGGCAACCUUAGCAUGAGUUCUUCAGAAAGCGUAGCCUCACCACCAUCAACUGACAGUCAGAUCUCCAGUUUUACAACCGUCACUUCCACCGCGACUGCUUUCAUCAAGACUGAAAUGAGAGGAGAAAAACGACCUGCCACAGAGUUGCCUCAGCUUAAAAACAGCAAAUCUCCCAGAGCAGAUGGCAGCUCUCCAAGUGUCAGCCAAGUGCCAGCCUCCUUGACAAACAGUGGCUAUGUUUCAGCAUCGUGUCAAACCCCAAAGCUCAAACCGAUCACAAUUAAGGAAACGGAUCUAUCAGUGGCGUUGGAAGAACCUGUUGAAAAAAACAUUGUCGUCCGCCUUUUGAAGCGUAUUGAACAUCAAGCCUUCGAUUUGUUGCCUGUGAUCCAGAGCCACAUCCAUGUUGGUAACCUGGCCAAAAAACCUGUGCUGAGAGAUGAGGAAAAAGAAGUCAUUUCUGAGAUUUCUCAGAGCGGCUUGGCAGAUGACAUGAAGUUGGCCAUCCAGAACAAACUCAAAGCAGAAAAGAGGGACAUGUGCGAAAAAUAUGCGCAGGCCCUCUGCAGAGUCUACACAGCCAUCUGUCGACAGGAGGGAGACUUUGAAAAGGCUCGUACCUUGGCUUACAGCUUGCUUAUUGAAGAUUUUCCCAAUGUCGCCAAGCUGAUUUUGUUUAUCGUGACAACAUGGCCCAGUGUUUUGUCUCAUAGCAGCCUUAUGUGCCAGGCUGUACACACAGUCACUAAACUGAAAGCACCACAAGAUCUCGCUAAGUGUCUGUCAGCAUACCUUGGAUGGGAAAAGAGCCCACCUUGUGAUAUUGACCUUCUGAUCUCUCGCUCGCUGUCAGAGAUUCGGUCAGGUUCAAGACUGUCUUUCUUGAAACACAAUCGAUAUGGUUCCGACCUGGGAACGGAGGCUUGGGAACUGGUCUUCACUUUGCAUCUCCUGUGUGCACAGAAAUCAUGGAAGUGGAGCUAUGACAAUAUCUUGAGUAAAAAGUUGUGGCCACUGAUGAACUCCUGGGUAUCACAGCCCCGAGACCAGCAAGCACCAAUCUCUGAUGUGACAGUGGCAACUGUCCUGCGGCUAAUUGGGAUCCUAGGUCAGUUAGGAAUCAGGGAGAAAAACAUUUCUUCCGUGUUAACUGUUGCCAGCAUCAUCAAUACCUUUGGUACGCACAGCCAGAGUGAAGCUAUACCGUGGGAAGUGCAGUUAGCAGCGGCGUACUGCAUCUUCGACUUGUCACCAUGCAACCCCAAAGAAGCCCUGGAUGCACUUGCAGGAUGGCGAGGAGAAGCAUCACGAAGUGUUCCCUCUGCCGUCACAAGCUGCAUUUUCCAGCUGGCCUCGAUCUGCAGACAGGUCAAUAAAUGAGUGAUUCAUGCUUCACAAAGACUUCUGGUUGUUUACACAAAAGUCUACAUAAUUUUGUUUUUAAUAAUAAAGGGAGUGCAGUCAUCUUGCACACCUCCAGUACACGCUUUACAAUUUUCAGUCUUUAAUGAACUCAUACGGUAAUGUUGAAGCAGGCCAAAUCAGAUACCAACGGACUAGUCAAUGCUAUUUUUGAAGGAGCUUGAAGAGAGCGCUAACUCCAGGUGAUGAUGUGACCUGAACCACACUGUGCAAAGUUACUAGCAUCAAGUUGUUUUGAUUAGCUUUACUGUGACACCCUUCUCCAAUCAUCUGCACGUUGUAUAAAUUUGAUUUUAUCCUUUUACUGUGCUUUUCUUUUGAUACAUGAAUGAUGAUACAUGAAUGAGGAAAAUUAAGUGAAACAAACAUUGCAUUGUGUAUUAUUUCUGAUUUAAUAUUUUAAUUAUUCACACCCUGUGUAACAAGACACACGUUCGUGAAGUUGUGCUGAGGUAAAACUUUAUAGACAAUGGUAAUAAUAUAGAUGUGUGUUUACAUCUGACUGCAGUGCGCUUGGAAACGUACCAUGUAAAUAUGUCUGUGGAAAAAUCACCAGUAGUAAAUAUCUGUACAGUUUCAGAGAUUAUUUAUUUUUGCUAUUAAAGUCAUACAUAUGUAUUACAA